CCCAGGAGUCAGAAUCACCGGAGGUGGCAGCGGCGGCAACAGCGGCCCCCCGACAUCAGCCACAGCCUCGGCAUCAUGUCCCUGUCGGCUGGGGGCCGGGGCCUGGGGGCCGUGUGGUCCCCGACGCACGUGCAGGUGACGGUGCUCCAGGCCCGGGGGCUGCGGGCCAAGGGCCCCGGCGGCACCAGCGACGCGUACGCGCUGAUCCAGGUGGGCAAGGAGAAGUACGCGACCUCGGUGUCGGAGCGCAGCCUGGGCGCGCCGGUGUGGCGGGAGGAGGCCACCUUCGAGCUGCCGCCGCUGGGGCUGCCCGCCGGGCCCGGGGCCACCGCCACCUUGCAGCUCACAGUGCUGCACCGCGCCCUGCUCGGCCUCGACAAGUUCCUGGGCCGAGCCGAAGUGGAUCUGCGGGAGCUGCACCGCGACCAGGGACGACGGAAAACCCAGUGGUACACUUUGAAAUCAAAACCAGGGAAGAAGGAGAAAGCUCGAGGGGAGAUUGAAGUGGACAUCCAGUUUAUGAGAAACAACAUGACUGCCAGCAUGUUCGACCUGUCUGUCAAGGAUAAGUCCCGUAAUCCAUUUGGGAAACUGAAAGACAAAAUCAAAGGGAAGCGGCAUGAGGAGCCUUCUGACACUGCCUCAGCCAUCAUCCCCAGCGUGAUGCACACAGAGGACAGCGAUGAUGACUCUCCUACAAAAGACAAGAAGAAGAAGUCAAAGAUCAAGACCUUGUUUUCUAGGUCUGGCUUGCAGAAGACACCCCUUUCCCAGUCCAUGUUGGUCCUUCCUACAGCUAAGCCUGAGAAAUUGACACUCCGCCCAGGAGACUUCCAGUCCCAGUGGGAAGAUGAUGUGGGGGAAGAAUCCUCUUCAUCCUCCAACAGCAUGUCUCACAGGAGAACAGCGAGUGCAGAUAUCAAGCAGCUCAGUCAUUUGAACUUGACCCUACCUAGGAAAGAAGGAUUGUCCUUUUUUGGUGGCCUUCGGUCUAAGAGUGACCAGCUCUCCCGAUCUAAUGUGUGUAUUAAUGGGAAUCACAUCUAUCUAGAGCAGCCAGAGCCCAAAAGUGAAGCCGUGACAAAGGACAGCAGCCCAUCUUCCUCUCCGUCUCCUCAAGGCUUUAGGAAGAAGCAUUUGUUUUCAUCUACAGAAAAUCUGUCUUCCAGACCUUCUAAGGAAUUGGGGGAGGCAGGGAGGAUGUCUCCGGACCUGGGACUGUCUGGGUCUCUCCCAAAGGAUUCUUUGAAAUCUCUGACUCUGCCAUUGUACAAACCAGUUGUUAGUGGAGAUAUGAAUGUGGUCCCUGUGAAAACAGAAACCGAGAAAGAUACUAAGGAGAACAAGAAACAGGAGAACAAGAAGUCCUCCCUGCUAUCUUUGGUCACAGGAAAAAAGGACAGUCUGAAGAACAGUGAAGCUGAAAGCAGCAUUCCUAGUGUCUUGGUGAAGGAGAAGGAAAUCACUCCUGUGGAGGCCAUGGCAAAGGAAAAAGAGGCAGGACUUGUUGAAAUUCCCGUGAAAGACCUUGAUGAGAAGCCUGAGGAAGACUUGUCAGCCUCUGUUUCAAGACAGAGCAAAUCCCCAAGCCCCACUGAGGAAGUGCCCAGGAUGCAAUCAGGAGCAGAGCCUGAGCCUAAGCCCAGGCCACCUGCCCUUUCUGCAAGGGGACCCCAAACCAAAGCUGUCAAACCCAGACUGGGAGUGUCUCCAGAGGCUCAAUCCAAAGCCAAGCUUCCUCUUUCUCUUUGUGAUUCUUCUCUUUUCUUUUCUGCCACCACUUCUGGUUCUAGCCUUGAUUCCCUACAGUCUAAGCUGGGGCAAGAAUCAGAGACAGAAUUCUCAAAAAACCUCUCUGUCCUUUCCUCUUUCUCCCCUCCCACCAUGGCUCCUGUUUCUACCUCUACUCCAAUUGAAAACUGGCCUUUUUCUCAGGAGAGCCAGCCCAGUUCUGAAGGACCUUCUUUCCUUCUUGCAGUGAAAUCUCAAAAAGAGGGUUUAAUUCGAGUUUCAAAUGCUUUCUCUGGUUCCCCGGAAUCACUUGAUAAGCAUUCUCCAUUGCAUGAAGGAAAUGGAGUCUCUGUAGAAGAGAUUGGGGAGAUAGAUAUAGGAAAGAGUAAGGGGAAUAGGGAAGCCUCAAGACCCUUUGUAGAGAUACUGGAAGAUUCAAAUAAGUUCUUCACAAAAGAACAAAAAGAAGAAAAGGUCCCAACAUUUCACCAAGUCAGCAGAUCAGAAUAUCUCCCUCCAUCUAAAGACCCCCAACAAAAUAGUGCUCUCAUUCAAGACAGAAAUGGGAGUGGAAAACCUUGGAUGAAAGGAAGUAAGGAAUUUACAUCUUCAGGUGGGUCAUCUUUGGAAGACCAAGUCAGUGAUAAUGGAGUAGUUUCUGCUAAUGAAGGAGCUGAGUUACCUCAUAAAAUGGAAGAUUUGGCCACAUCCUUUGACUCAAUAGUUGGAAAAAGCAACUUAACUAGCCUGCAUGAUAGAGAGGACUGCAAGAAGAUCAAAAAGCGUGUGUCCUUUUCUGAGGAGCUUUUUCUGGAAGAGGAGGUAGAAAAGCCUAUUCAUUUUCUAGAGAAGGAGAAAAACAAACCUCCACAGCUGAAGUCUAAAGGUGUAGUGAAUGACACGUUAUCUGACAGAGAACCAGAGGAAAUGAAGAAGAAAACAACAACUGAACCAAACAGUCUUUCUUCACCACUACAAUCAGGACCGAGGGCUAUUUUUGGACUCAAUCACGAUGAGCCAGCUUCCCUGAGUGACAUCUCUCUCACCCCUGCUUCACCUGUCGGGAAUGUCUUGAUUCCUGAGUCUCAUGGGAAGCAUUCUUCAGAAGAUCUGGUGAGGGAAUCCAGCUCAGAAAAGGCCACUUCAUCAUUCAGUAUUGAGCGAUAUGAAAAUUAUAGUGAGAAUUAUCAGAGCAAAGCCAGUGAUCAUGAAGGCCUGCUCUCUGACCCCUUGAGAAGUCUUGACUCAGUUUCAGAUCUUAAAUCUCCAAUUAUGGGUGAUCUGAACCUGACACUUCCCUCUAUUCCAGAAGUAACAUCAGAUGAUGAGAGAGUAGAACAGUUGGAAGAUGUCAGAACAACUCCAAUCACAAAGAAUCAUCUGGAAGCCAAAGCACUGUUUUUCUGCUCAUCAGCCACUCCUGAGGAGGAAAACCAGAGCCCAUCAGUGGGACAGAGCCCCCAUGCAGGGGUUUCCACAUUGUCUUCAAAACAGACCAUAGCACUGGGUGCUUACAAACUACACCAUGGGGAAGGCUUAGGUUUAGAUAAAGACAUCCCAGUCCCUGAGAGUUUGGAGAAGCAGGAAUGGAGGGAGGAGGACAACCAUAUUGAGGAAAGUAGGAGUCAAAGGUCAUCUUCCCAGGGCUCUCCUGUUUCGGGUUACUCCCUUUCUGAGAACUUUAAUGCAACACACUCUUUCCCUGGCUCUCUACACUUUGACACUUACCACACAAAUAGAGCAGAAUCUCCCCAAAAAACAGCAGAGAGCUCGGCUGCUAAAACUGAAAAUUCUGACGAGAGGAAGCAGCUUCUACGGGCGUGGGUUUCGCCCUCAGAGCCACAUCCAUUCCCAGCUCAGCCAACUGGUGGAACCACUGUGUCUGCCAAGCACAGAACUCAUCCUGUGAAACCAAUGAAUACAACAGCAACAAAGACCCUUCCCGCUAGUUUGGGUACUGCUACCAUCAUCAGUGAGAACUUGCUUACUGAAGCCAUUAUAAAGAAAUACAAGCCAUCUGAUCCUGAAUUCGCUUAUACUCAGUUAACCCAUGAUGAACUGAUCCAGCUGGUCCUGAAACAGAAGGAAACUAUAAACAAGAAGGAGUUUCAGGUUCGUGAGCUGGAAGACUACAUAGACAACUUGCUUGUCAGAGUCAUGGAAGAGACCCCCAACAUCCUCCGCUGUCCAGCACAAUUAAAAAAUAAAGCAGGAAAGAUGUGAGUGACGUCAAUAAAAGAAUGGAACGAUUUUUUGUGAGUUUGUUUACACCUCUUUGAGGUCAUGGACUUUCUGUAUGACCACCUGCAAAUAGGAUCUGAAUCUGAAUCACCAACUAAAUCCCUUGCAAGUACUCUGGCUAGAGAGUCUAUUCCACUGACUGAAGGCAGGUUAAUUAGGACAGUGAAUCUCUUAAUGUACAUUCCCAGAAUUUUAUUCAAGACACUCCCUUUAAGUGCAUCAUAAAUAUUUUAUUCAUACUAGGGGCAUAGUUACAAAAACUAAUCUAGGAGCCAGAGAUUCAGGAGGCACAGAAACCACUCAUGCAUUUUUAGCUUUAGGGUUUUCUAACUUUGAUGUUUGCAUUUCUCACCUCCCUUUUUCCCCAGUGUCAAUCUGUGAACCUUUAUGGCACAGAGUGGACUCAUUUUCUUGACUUUUAUUAGCUUAGGUGUAGCUCUCUUGGCCUUAGAUGCUAAAUUUUGAUACUUUAACAUUUUUGAUACUGCUUUUUGGAUUUGACUCUGGGUGUUCACUUAACCUUGGCAGGAGCAUUUAAAGACUAUUUUUUUAAAGUGCCUGGGGAUAUGCUAAAUGAACUGCUUUUUCUGAACACAAACUCCAUUCUCACACACUGUGCUUUGACUAGGCCCAUAUGAUCUUUUCACUGCCGGCCAUGAAAUUAAGAGAUAAAAUGGGGGAAACUGGUAGUGCAGCCCUUCUUUCCCUCUUGCAUAUGGACAAAGAGACUCAGUAAGAAUCACUGGUAUCUUGAUACCACAUUCCCUCUGGGUAGGAAGAGUAUAGAAUUAUAGAAGGGAAAUUGAGACAGGUUAAACUCUUGAGGAGACACUGACAGGUUAAUCCUGACCCUAAGAUCACAUAACUAUUAAGAACCAGGAUUAAAGUCUGGGUUUUAACUCAAAAUCCAGCAUUCUUUCCAUAAUACCACACUGCAUACUCAGAGUAUAUUGAUGGGCCAGGUGGCCUACACGUCUUCUGUAAGAAUAUUUUUCAUUGCUUCCUUUGGCUAAUUCCCACAGUAGUUGUACCCCAUUCUUCAAUUUCCUCAGUAGUCUUAUCUUAAGAGAACAGGGUUUAUCGUGGAACAUGCCAUAUAGAUCCUAGAGGAUGGGAAAGAAAUAAAUAUAGUCCAAUCUGAGGGGCUCCAGAGGAAGAGGGCUUCCUGGCCCCACUUGUGAAAUCUGGCCCAUUUCUAGGUGGCUGAGGAAGUUAGAGCUUUAACAUAUUUAGUAAUAAUUUUACAAAGCCAGGACAAAUCAGAAAUGACCCAAAUGGUUGAUGCAACAUAACCUGCCCAUGUGCUUCAGUUUGCCGCUGCUCCUUUCUCUUGGUUCCAUAACAAGAGAAUAAGGAGGGAGAAAGUACAACAGGAUUUCCUGCUAGGAAUUGGGAAAAGCAAGAAGACAGCAUUCAUAGGUGUUUUGUUGUUGUUGUUAUUAUUUUUAAAACAAAAUAUUUUUUGUAACCCAAGCACAAAACUAGGUCAUUUGUGCUCUUGUGAAUACUGAUGCCAUUGGGACAGUUCUGUACUGUGCAUCUCAUCUCUGUCUUCCUUUGGCAAGUUGACUGUAGGCCUUUAGUGUGUCCAGGUAGAGACCAAGAUAAAUCCUGACUGUAGUACAGAUUGUUCAGUUGGGACUAGUUUGAGUGUAAAGUUGCUCCUAUUUCAAAGUUCAAAGAAUCCAUAGUGCUUGGAUUGGUGAACAAGAAGGAAAUCGCUUUUUUUUUAAAGGAUUGCUUUUGCUGCAGUAUUUGUUAUAUCAGAGCACUUUAAUCUGAAGGCUGGUACUGUAAUUCAACUUAGCUAAAGAGGUUUUUUUUUUUUUAAGUAUGAGUGGGCUUGCCUGCAACUGUUAUAUUUAAUAUCCUACAACAACACCGGAGACCACUGGAGGCUUCUUUUCAGAUAACUUGUGUUUUGUAGUGGUGCAAAAUAUAUUUAUAUACACAAAUGCAUAUGAAUCUGUAUCUUUUCUUGAAUUAUGAAAAUGUAUGUGUAUAUAUCUGUUCUUUAUUUUGUUUCUUGCUUUAUGUAAAACUUAUUUUUUACUCUGAUGAUUCGAGUGUGCUGGAAAACUUGGAAGGCAAGUUUGUUUUGCAGGCUUUCUCUCUUUUUUUUUUUUAGAAGAGGCUGGUAUAGAGAUGUUCAGUACUUAUUGGUUUGAUAAUCUUUCUUGUUGGGACCUCGGGUAUGUAACAGAAAUUGGUAUUUGAAUGGAACAGCUUCAGACAAGGAAAAUGGACCCAAAUGCUACUUUGGGCAUUGAGAAGGAGAAUGAAGGCAUGUUUGGUUCAAGUGCCUCUAACUCCCCAAUGCUGCUGGGGGAAAAACUCAUUCAGUAGCAACACCUCACUAAGCAGUAGUUUGGAGAUCAUCCUACUAGAUUUCCUGAGGAUCUUCUCUAAUUUAAUUUACAUACUAGAAAAGCCUUAACUUUUUUUGAGCCAUUAGCAGAGUUUGGCAAGUUUAUAAAAGCUGAUUGCAGCCAGGUCUCAGGGCUUGUAAAUAAACUGAUAGAAGAACAGGGACUUGUCUCCAAGCUGUGUUUUAGAUGGCAGCCUAAUCAGAGUCUAGGCAGGGAUGUGUUCUGCAUAUCUCAGUAGCAGGAGCUUCUGUGUUUGACAGUGCUCAGACUACCUCCUGAAAGGAAUCAGUGCCUUCGUAAGCACCAAAUUAAUUUAGAGAGUCAGAGAGUUUCUUGCUGUGGGGUACCCGAGUUAUUUUAAACUGGGCUUUCCCCUUCUGUUUACUAUUUUAUUUUGGUACCCUUUCAGGACACAGUAGAAGGAAGGAAAAGAAAAAAUAUUCCCAGGCUGAUGGUGAGAGAGAGAGAGAACGAUAGAAUCUGAGAGACAGCAAG